CAGUCCAUUUGACAAGCCUAACAAGAAAGCACCUAUAGAAUGCGUCUCGUGUCAGUUAGAUAUCACCUUGAAGGCUUUAAAGCACGAAAAGCAUGAACUUAUUCAGAAGCACAAGAAACGAACAGUUAAACAAAAUCUCAACACCGAGAAAAGGAACACACUCUCCGAACUUGUUAAACUUAAAGAUGAUAUAAGAUGA